UUCCAUGUUAGUAGUAUUAAUAUGGGUAACAGCAUUAAUUGGUGCCGGAAAUGUAAAGUUCUCUUAUUUUAUUUUAUGUUUGAGAAAACAUUUUAAUUUUAAUUUUAUUUAGGAAUCAAGGUCAACUGUGAGCUCUGCAUUAAUUUUAUGGACCAUGUUCAUUAUUAUAUGGGGUACAAUGAUAUUUUUUUCAAUGUUUAGCAAAGGAGAACAGUAAGGGUUAUAACGUUUAUUCUGUAUAACAACAAAAUCAUACUUUAAUUUUUAAUUUUUGGAGUAAUUAUCAUAGUGUAAAGUACUUCAGCGUAGGAUAUGAUUUACCUUUAUUAGAGGUAAUCACACUUUCGGAAAGUUUUAAAUAGCUAAGAAGUAUAGAUGUAUAAUUGUUUUAUUCUCAAUAAAUUUUAUAUACUUAGUAAUACGCUAGGUAAGUAUCUUAGUAGUUUCAUGAAUAUGGAGCUUACCCAUUAAAACAAAUAGUUCCUUAAAGACAUACUUUUAAAAUCAGAUUAAACUAACCAUCAUUAAAUAUUCUUUUUAAGCAUCAAAAUUCUAUUAUCAAUUAUGGAUUAGUUAAGAUUGUUAUUUAUAAAAAUGUUAUAAUUCAUUUCUCUAAAAAACAAUAUCAUUGGUUUUCAUAAAUAAAUACCUUGUGUCAUUGCAAAAAUAUAUUUAAAAAUUUGUUUUUAUUUCGUAGUUAAUUAUAAAACGGCCGCCGGGGAUUGACGGGCGAUCAUCAAAAGUGUACCGCUUAUCGGUAUUUGCAUACAACACAUCCGUGAAAAAUAAAGGCACGGGAAAGGUUUUGGGUCGUGGAAUUAAAAUCCGUGACCUAAGGCAUAGUAGGGAUAGACUUUAUCACUAGGUCACCGUAGACUUAUGAUUCAAAUACUGUAUCACUUUCAUAUUAGUCGAUAAUGUGUGAUGUGUAGCUGAGGGGAACACUGUACCGGUCAAUUAGUAUAAGAUUAUAAUAUAACUAUAGCACAUGUCUAGGUAUUUAUGUUUACAAAGGCGAUGCCCAGAAAGUUUAUGGCUCUACAAUAGCUCUUGGCAUGACAAUUUUGGGAUAGCUACUAUGAUAAACGAUGAUUACGACAUGAUGUCGGAUAAAGAUCAAAUAGAAGAUGAAUAUUAUGAUUACUAUCGGUUUAAGAGAUCUGACAAUAUUAAUAAAAAUAAAAAAAUUAAUGACAACAAAAAGAAAUUAUCAAAAACACAACCAGUUUCGUUGCUUGCUGGUCGAGAUCCUGAUGCAGAUAAAGAACUCAUAAUUAUGGUAUUCAUCGGAACGGUAUUAUUAUCACUUUUUAUCUAUGGAUGGAUAAUAUUAAAUAGUUAUGCAACAAAAUUAUUUUGCGACGAAAAUAACAUUUUUGAUGAAUGUAUUCAAAUGGAUUGCCAAUCGCAUGAAAAAUGUAGUAACAUUUACUAAACGAAUUUAUGAACAGUGUUAGAUCUAUUAUGAUCCUAUAAAAAUCACUAUCCAAACUCUUUGUGACAUUAAAAACUCAAAAAGUACUUAUUUUACUUGUAAAUAAAUAAUAAAGUUGUUUUGCACGUGAAAAACGUGAUUAUGUACAUAAAACUGUAAUCAUAUAUUCUGUUUAUAAUUAUUAUAAUUAGAUUUUGAAUCGACUAUAUUAUAAAAAUUAUUGUUUUCA